AUCGCUGCCCUUUGAUUCGCUCAAAAGUUGCAGGAUGUGGAAAAAAAAAAUCAUCAGCCCUAAAAGUGGAUUCUGCUAAAGAUGGCAACAGCGCAGGCGAGGCAUUGUGUCGCUGGGUGUGCUCGGACCCUGAACGCAUCAGCACGGUUGAUAAUAAUCGAUGAGGCGUUUAGAGUCGAGCCUGCAUCUUGUCUAUUUCCGUGCUAUUUUUUUUUAUUUUUUUUUUUGAGAAGCAUGGUUGUUGUAGGAAGUGUCAGUUUUUUUAAGAUGUGGAGGCCGGGCUAUUCAAACCUGCUAUUCCGCCGUAAACAACCCAUCAUGUCUUUGACACAACGAUAAACACACCUUUUUGUGUCCGUGUCCGCCGCUCUUCUUCCCCGACUGUCGCCUCACGACAACAUGCUCACGCUCCUAAAUUUUUUGGGGGGCUCUGCAGAAUAUGGCGUCCCGCCUUAUAAAAAUAAGGCUGCCAUUUUUGUUUCUCUUUUGUCUGGAAAUGUUUUAAGAAAACUGUCUGAGUGUGUCUGGCUCGUAGCGGGAGGGCGAAUCCGCGUUCAGGCUCCGUCGGAGCCGGAUCAGACCUGCUCUCUGUCCACACAUGUCCGAAAAAAGUCAAAGGAUGGAAAGUUUCGUGUGUGUUUUUUUAACCUAGUCUUCGCGUUUAGCUGAACAUUUAAGCGACGUGGUAUUUUUGCACGUAUUUUCUUAUAAAUUCACUGUGGAGACAAAAGGAGCAGAGCACAGAAGCUAAAUGUCUCUGUGUUAGCAAGUGGCAACAUUCAAAAUGAGGAUGGCAGAGCCUCGAUUUAACAACCCGUAUUUCUGGCCGCCACCGCCGUCCAUGCCAGGCCAGCUGGAUAACCUGGUGCUCAUUAACAAGAUCAAGGAGCAGCUGAUGGCCGAGAAGAUCCGACCCCUGCACCUGCCUCCUACCUCCAACCCUUCCCAGCAAACUCUGCUGGUGCCCACCUCGUCCCCAGAUGGAAGCACACAGCACGGUAUGCAAAUCCCAAAGCCACAGCAGGUGCCGGGUCACCACACGCAGCCACAAGGCUCUGGACAGCCAGACAUCGCUCUGCAUGCUCGCCCUGCCUCCAGCUCUGGACAAGAUGGAUCUAUGGAUGACAAGUCAGCAGUGAAGGCCAAAGGAUUGUGGGAAGACUGGCACAUGAGACAGCUUGGCGAGCAACCUGGCCGGAUCAACCAUCGCUCAGCUCUGGCUCCUUCAUCCCGGCCUGACAGCCACAGCACCUCAGAGGCCCUGACACCUACAACUCCAACCUCCAGCAGCCAGAACCGCCUGGGUGGGGCCCCCUCUCUGAACAUCAUCUCUGGACUGGCGAGCGGACCCGGCAUGGACCACAUGAAGGCUGGAGGCCUUGCAGGAUUGUUGGGCCCCCCACCCAAGGCACCCAGGGGGCGAAAGAAGAUCAAAGCUGAAAAUGCAUCAGGUCCACUGCUGGUGGUGCCCUACCCCAUCCUAGCUGAUCAAGGCUGUGUCACCAUUGCACCCAAAGAGGGGAAAACCUACAGAUGCAAAGUGUGCCCACUCACCUUCUUAUCCAAGUCAGAGAUGCAGAUUCACUCGAAGUCUCACACGGAGGCCAAACCACACAAGUGUCCCCACUGCACCAAGACAUUCGCCAACGCCUCCUACUUGGCGCAGCACCUGCGCAUCCAUCUGGGGAUCAAACCCUAUCAUUGCUCUUACUGCGAGAACUCGUUCCGUCAGCUGUCACACCUGCAGCAGCACACCAGAAUCCACACUGGUGAUAGGCCUUAUAAAUGUGCUCACCCUGGAUGUGAAAAGGCUUUUACCCAGCUGUCUAACCUCCAGUCUCACCAGAGGCAGCACAAUAAAGAUAAGCCGUACAAAUGUCCAAACUGCUACCGUGCCUACUCGGACUCCGCAUCAUUGCAGAUUCACUUGUCAGCGCACGCCAUCAAAAACGCUAAGGCCUACUCCUGUAGCAUGUGUGGCCGUGCAUACACCUCAGAGACCUACCUUAUGAAGCACAUGUCCAAACACACGGUGGUGGAGCACCUAGUGAGCCAUCAGUCGCCCCAGCGGACCGAGUCCCCCAGCAUCCCCAUACGCAUCUCCCUCAUCUGAGCUCCUCGGCCGCUCAGCAGCAGGUCGGAUUUAGAGUCUGUGUUCGGCUGGUUCUUAUGAGGCCCUGCACCCACGGCCAUCUACAUAAGGCUUACAUUAGCAUUAUGACAGCUGACAUACAGUGCACUCAGGCCCACACACUUGUUCGCUUCUCAUGUUGCAGUCUUUUCCUAAAACCUUUGAAAAAUGAGUUUGUCCCUCAAUAUAGUAAGUGAAUGUAGUUUUGAGAUUCGCCGGUGGAGACUGACCAGGAAGUAAGACGAUAUUGAAAAGGGGAGCGACUCUGCUGCUUGCAUACAUUAUUCCAUUUGAAUGGAAGUACUUCUCGCUUGAUUUAUAACAUCAAUAAACGUUUUCCUGAGGAGUUAAUGGUCUCAAUCACCAGUCUCAGGUCUUCUUUAAUAGUAUAUAAUGUCAGUCUUGUGAGUUAUCUACCCAUUGAUAGGAAAAUAGAUAGUAAUACACGGCACAUAUCAGUGGACACCAGUGUGACGGACAUCUGGUAUCUUGAUCCUGGUCCAAUAGGUGCCUUGUGGCAGCCAUUUCAGUCCCAAGUCCUCUUUGGUAUUAAGCGACAAGCUCUGUCAGGGUGGAUGGGGAAAGUGAGUUGACACCUGCUUCCAGGUCUCCGAAGGCAUUUAAAUGGGGGACAACAAGUUGAUUGUUCCCCUAAGACACUCCUGUGUUGUCUUGGAUGAAUGCUUAGGGUCAGUGGUUUUUGCAUGAACCCCUCUACCCAAUCUGAUGUUCUGAGGCCUUUCGCGACCAAACAUGAUGUAGUCACCUCCAUGUUUCACUGAUGGAACAGUAUUAUGCAGGUGAGGAGCGAUGCCUGGAUUCCUUAAUGACACUUACAUUUAUGAGCCCAUAUGGUGAGUGAAGAUUGAUGGGGUGUGAUGCAGGGGCGACUUGAUUUAAAUAAUUUUAGCUUAAGGCUGCAACAUAAAGUGUGAACUAAGUGGAGAGGUCUGAAUUCCUUCUGAGGGCGCUGUAAACAUUCAGUGCUAGAUUCAGAUUCAGCGGACUGCCUCAAAUUGUCUCGACGCAGGCUGUCUGUCAUAAAUGAGCACAGCGUUAUUUUGUGAAUGUAACAAAACAGCUAGAUGUUGUCCGGAGGAUCGAGUGGCAAAGAAUGUCUUGUGUCAGAUUUAAUAAGCACUUUCGUAAGCGUCAUGUAAACUGCCGGAUGCAUUGGCUAUCAGAAAUGUUUUAGUUAGUUUGGUUUUUUUCCCCUCUUCUUCUUCUUCUUCCUCCAUGUAAUGGGUUUCUUAAAUGUGCCAGGUGAUAUAUAUGAUUGCCCUUUUUAAAGAAUUAAGAAAGUAGAAAACGUUUGCUGGGUGUAUUCUGGAGACAUCCAAAGAUAAUCUUAAAGCACUUUUUAGGCCUUGUGGUUUUUGGCUCAAAUUGUUUCAAUCUUGUUGGAUGGAAAAUGCCAAAGGGCAUUACUAGUGGCAGCUAAGCUGACUGUGUAAAAAGAAAUAACAGUCUUUAUAUGACUUUCUUUGUUUUGAAUUUCUGUGCAAGUACACAUUAACAGGGUCCUCUAAAUUUGGAGAAAGGCAAUCGGUGGAUGACAAUUUUAACAUUUAAUGAUUGUAUUAAGACAUUUCCUUGUUAAUUUGAGGAGGGAAUCACAGAAUAAUUAAAAGAAAGGUGGGGUUUUUUUUUUUUUAUCAUUUCCAAAAUCUUUCACUCUGUAGUUGACAUUUAUCUUCACGGCACCUUUUAUGAUGUCGAAAUAUGAUCAAAGAAACGCAGCUUUUGCAUUACAUUUUCCUCCCACUGUGCCAUAUACAGAAUGAUCCUCGUUAAGGUUUUAAGAAAAACAAAAACAACUCUUGUAAAAGUGUGUCUUCUCUUUUUUGAGUACUACAAAUAUGUUUUGCAGAGAAUGAAUACAUUUCACACGCAUUAAUGCCAGCUGCACCCUACUUAGCCCUACUUUGAAAUAUACUUCAGCAGAAAUGAGUGGUAAAUUUUAAACCCAACCACUGGACCAAAAUGUGAAGUUAUUGUACUCUGACCCAGUUAAGAUUUUUUUAAUCUUUAAUAAGCUUUACCCUUUUAAAAUAAACUGCAGUAUAAGUCAUAUUUCAUAGGCCUAUAUUUUGAGUUUACGUGGAGGUGAUGCUUCCCCAUUUCAUUUUGUUUUCUCUUUAUUGUACACAGUAUUGUUUGUUGUAUUUUUACUGUAACUAAACUCCGGAUGGUACUAAUAGAGUACCCUGUGUUCUUCAGGGCACUUCAGAACAGGUGCUACAGCUAGAUGUUAUGUUCGAGAUGGAACUGAGAAUAAUUGUAAAAUACAUAUACAGUAUAUAGUAUGUUUUCAAAAGAAUAAAAACCUAUUACUCAAGCCACUGGCCUGAAUACAGACAUUUACGCCAACAACAGACCCUGCCUCUUCAACUUGCUCUCUUUUGAGAUAAUGGGAAAAUGUACAUGUUGCUGUACUGUAAAACAUGUUAUUCAUUUGUAGUACCUAUUUUUUGAGUUUUCAUAAACAUGCUCUGUUUGGGUUUUGUAAAAGCUUAUGUAUGGACUUUACUGUAAUAAUUUUAGUCUACCUGUAUGUUAUUAAUAUUCAUGUUUUAUAUCAGUUAUUUACAUGUAAGCCUUAACUGUUUUAUCAUCCCAUUUCCAUUACUCUGUAUUGUGUUCUGCAGUAUUCAAUUGUGUAAACCUUUUUUUUUCUUCUUUUUUUUUCUUCCACAUUUUUCCUUCCGCAUGGAAUUCCUGAGCUGUAAACUGUAUGAUAACUGUUUAACCCAUGUUCCCUAUGAAAAGAUAUUGCGUAGAUUUAUUACACUUUUUCCUGUCUUGCAUUGUGGUUUCAUAAACAGUUUCUAGACAACUAAAUAUGCACAGCCAAGACUGAGAAGUUAAACUAAGGUUAUCAAUGUUUAAAAAAAAAAAAGGAAAAAAAAGCUUUGUAUCUUUACCUUGUUUAAUAAACAGACUGUUACAAAUUC